GUUCUUUUCCACCUCUUUACUUUUCAUCCAGUCCUUCUACUCUUAACAUAUCCUGAAAUGCCCAAAUUGCCCCCUUCCUUGUAACGAAACCCCUUCCCUUUUUCUACACUCAGCUUACGUUGCAGAACUCUCUCUUUCUCUCUCCGUCUCUCUCUCAAAUUUCUACUUCGCAGUUUCUCCGAUUCCUCGAUCGGACGUUCACCAUAACUACCCAUGACUCUGAUGACUCCUCCACCAUUAGAUCAGCAAGAGGACGAUGAAAUGUUAGUCCCUCACACUGAGUUCACUGAAGGUCCUCAGCCUAUGGAAGUAGCACCUGCAGAAACAGCAAGUGCAGUUGAUGCGCAGUCAGCUGAUGAUCCACCAUCAGCAAGGUUCACAUGGACAAUUGAUAAUUUCUCGAGGCUCAAUACCAAGAAGCUCUACUCUGAUGUUUUCAUUGUUGGAGGCUAUAAAUGGCGGAUUCUAAUUUUUCCAAAGGGGAACAACGUGGAUCAUUUGUCAAUGUAUUUAGAUGUCGCAGACUCUGCAACUUUGCCAUAUGGGUGGAGCAGAUAUGCUCAAUUUAGUUUAUGCGUUGUCAAUCAAAUUCAUCAAAAAUACUCUAUUCGGAAAGACACACAGCACCAAUUCAAUGCACGUGAGAGUGAUUGGGGCUUCACUUCAUUCAUGCCCCUUGGAGAAUUGUAUGACCCUGGUAGAGGUUAUCUUGUCAAUGAUACAUGUGUAGUUGAAGCUGAUGUUGCUGUCCGUAGGGUCAUUGAUUACUGGUCUCAUGAUUCCAAAAAGGAGACUGGUUAUGUUGGACUUAAGAACCAAGGAGCUACCUGCUAUAUGAACUCUCUCCUUCAAACACUGUAUCAUAUUCCUUAUUUCAGAAAGGCUGUGUAUCAUAUGCCAACAACCGAGAAUGAUAUGCCAUCGGGGAGCAUUCCUCUGGCUUUGCAGAGUUUAUUCUAUAAGCUUCAAUAUAGUGACACCAGUGUAGCAACAAAAGAGUUAACAAAAUCUUUUGGCUGGGACACAUAUGAUUCUUUCAUGCAGCAUGAUGUGCAAGAACUUAAUAGGGUUCUUUGUGAAAAGCUUGAAGAUAAAAUGAAGGGAACAGUUGUGGAGGGCACAAUACAACAGUUAUUUGAAGGGCACCAUAUGAAUUAUAUUGAGUGCAUCAAUGUAGACUAUAAGUCAACGAGAAAGGAAUCUUUUUAUGAUCUUCAGCUUGAUGUCAAAGGCUGUCGGGAUGUUUAUGCUUCUUUUGACAAAUAUGUGGAGGUGGAGCGUCUUGAGGGUGAUAAUAAAUAUCACGCUGAGCAACAUGGCUUGCAGGAUGCUAGGAAGGGUGUCCUAUUUAUUGACUUUCCCCCUGUUCUUCAACUUCAAUUGAAACGGUUCGAAUAUGAUUUCAUGCGGGAUACUAUGGUAAAGAUAAAUGAUCGCUAUGAGUUCCCUUUGCAACUUGAUCUUGAUAGAGAAGAUGGUAAAUAUUUGUCUCCUGAGGCAGACAGAAGUGUCCGAAACCUGUAUACUCUUCACAGUGUUUUAGUUCAUAGUGGUGGUGUGCAUGGUGGGCACUACUAUGCUUACAUCCGGCCAACCCUCUCAGAUCAAUGGUUUAAAUUCGAUGAUGAGCGGGUAACUAAAGAGGAUAUAAAAAGGGCGCUAGAGGAGCAGUAUGGUGGGGAAGAAGAGCAGUUACCACAGGCAAAUCCUGGCUUCAACAACUCUCCCUUCAAGUUUACAAAAUAUUCAAAUGCUUAUAUGCUUGUGUAUAUACGCGAAAGUGACAAAGAAAAGAUAAUUUGUAAUGUGGAUGAGAAGGACAUUGCCGAACACCUGAGGAUAAGGUUGAAGAAAGAACAGGAAGAAAAGGAACAAAAGAGAAAGGAAAAAGCUGAGGCCCACUUGUAUACUAUCAUAAAGGUUGCUCGUAGUGAGGAUCUGCUUGAACAGAUUGGGAAGGAUAUAUAUUUUGAUCUUGUAGAUCAUGACAAAGUUCGUAGUUUCCGCAUUCAGAAACAAAUGCCCUUUAAUCUUUUCAAGGAAGAAGUUGUCAAAGAGUUUGGUAUACCAGUUCAAUUUCAACGUUUUUGGUUAUGGGCGAAGCGGCAAAACCAUACAUAUCGUCCAAAUCGACCAUUGACUCCUCAGGAAGAAGCACAAUCUGUUGGACAAUUAAGAGAGGUUUCCAAUAAAGCAAAUAAUGCCGAGCUGAAGUUGUUUCUGGAAGUAGAAUUUGGACAAGAUUUGCGGCCUAUUCCUCCUCCUGAGAAGACUAAAGAGGAUAUUCUCCUCUUUUUUAAACUUUAUGAUCCGUCGAAAGAGGAGCUCCGAUAUGUCGGGAGGCUAUUUGUAAAGGGGGCUGGAAAGCCAUUAGAGAUAUUGACAAAGCUAAAUGAAAUGGCUGGCUUUGCUUCUGAUCAAGAGAUUGAACUAUAUGAGGAAAUAAAAUUCGAACCUAAUGUCAUGUGUGAACACAUUGACAAGAAGCUCACGUUUCGUGCUAGUCAGCUUGAAGAUGGGGAUAUUGUUUGCUUUCAAAAGUCCGCUCAAGAUGGAGGUGGUGAACAAUGCCGUUACCCAGAUGUACCUUCAUUUCUUGAAUAUGUACAUAACCGUCAGGUUGUUCGCUUUCGAUCUUUGGAGAAACCAAAGGAGGAUGAAUUUUGUCUUGAGCUAUCAAAGCUUCACAAUUAUGAUGAUGUUGUUGAAAGAGUAGCUACGCAUCUUGGCUUGGAUGACCCUUCCAAAAUUAGGCUUACAUCUCAUAACUGUUAUUCUCAACAACCUAAGCCACAACCUAUCAAGUACCGAGGGGUGGAUCAUUUGUCUGACAUGCUGGCUCACUACAACCAGACAUCUGACAUCCUUUACUAUGAAGUGCUGGAUAUCCCUCUGCCAGAACUGCAAGGCUUGAAAACCUUGAAAGUUGCUUUUCAUCAUGCCACAAAGGAUGAGGUGGUGAUUCAUACAAUUAGAUUGCCUAAACAGAGCACUGUAGGUGAUGUUAUUAAUGACCUUAAGAUAAAGGUUGAGUUGUCCCAUCUCAGUGCAGAACUUAGAUUGCUUGAGGUUUUCUACCACAAGAUUUACAAGAUCUUUCCCCACAAUGAAAAGAUUGAGAAUAUUAAUGAUCAGUACUGGACGUUACGUGCUGAGGAGAUUCCAGAAGAGGAGAAAAACCUUGGUCCUAAUGAUCGCUUGAUUCAUGUUUAUCAUUUUAUGAAGGACCCAACUCAAAAUCAGCAGGUUCAGAAUUUUGGCGAACCAUUUUUCCUGGUCAUUCAUGAGGGUGAGACAUUGUCGGAAGUAAAAGUGCGAGUACAAAAAAAAUUGCAGGUUCCUGAUGAGGAGUUUGCUAAGUGGAAGUUUGCUUUUCUGUCACUUGGUCGACCUGAAUAUCUCCAAGACUCGGACAUUGUAUCGAGUAGGUUUCAGAGAAGGGAUGUCUAUGGUGCUUGGGAGCAGUAUCUCGGACUGGAGCACUCUGACAAUGCUCCUAAAAGGUCAUAUUCAGCUAAUCAGAAUCGGCACACGUUUGAGAAGCCAGUAAAAAUCUACAAUUAGGAGAAUGAUUAGUUGAAACUAAUAUGUUGGAUUCAUCUGGUAUCCCAAAGGCAUUUGCGCUGUUGCAAAAGGAGAAGAAUGCAGUCAAGAGUGAGUUCUUAGUUGUGUUAGAUGUGUAAUUCUUUCAUGUAGGGCAGGGAGGACUGUCUUAAGACCUCGAUAGUUUUGACUCUCUCUUUUGCCUGCGUCUCAGGCGAAAUAGAUGACAUUCAAUCCUUAUAUUCCUACUGUAAUUUAGUACAUAAGAUUUUGUUGUGGGGAAUGUAUAGAGAGUAUAGGGUGUGUACUUGAUUUUUUUUUUUUACAUUUUUCCUAUUAAUUUCGCUCUUUUCAAUCAUCCCUUUGUGGAUUUUUAUCAGUUGUAUUAGAGAAUGGUAAGAGGAGACUGUAUAAUGUGGUAUUUGGUGUACUCAUUCUGGAGCUUCCUGGAUUUGUGCAAUUACAGAAACAGAUUUGCUCUGACGUCCAGCUUUUCUAUCGGCUAUUUUGAAUGUCAUUUGACAAUUCUGCGAGUGGUGGAAACCGUACUACUUGAGAAAAUUACUGGAAAAUACCUUCUGAGGUUUGUCCUAAUAAACACUUGGGUGGUCUCUUGUCACGAAAUAUCAGAAGUCAGUCCUUGUUCUGUAAUAAAUAAUUUUAAUUUCUAAAAUAAUAAUAGAAAAAAGAAUCGUUAGUUUU